CUCAUCUGUAGCCCUGAAGAUACUAAAUGGUUGGAGUGAAAUAUCGGCCGUAAAUACAUUUUUUUUAGUUGCCACUGAAUCUCAUUAAUAACAACUUUAAAUGUCUUUCUGAUAAAGUAACUCAUGAAAUUUUAAAUAGGGAUGUAAGAUAUAUUUUUCAAUAUGGAUAUGAUGUUUGUUUAACAUAAUAAUAUCCUUAGCAUGUGAUAUGUUAUUUAAGUUCAGAAAUAUAUGAAUUAUGUUAAUGAUGCUAGCAGGAUUUUCAGAAAUAUAAAUAGGAUUAAAUUUGUCAUACCAGAGUAUCGCGUUGAUAUGAAAAAUAAAAAAAUUACCACUUAUGCAAAUUCUACUACACUUCCUGUUAAACCAUUAUGUUUCCAAGCCAAGAUACCGGCAACUUGUUAAACCAAGGUAAGCUGAUAAUAUGUGAUCUUU